AUGAGCUAAUAAAAUGGUUAACAAAACCAGAAAUAAAAAGUAAUAAAAAAAUUAGAUUAAGAUUCAUACCCAAAACAGAAAAAAAAUGGUUUAAUUUAAUGAAAUCAAAAGAUAACGAACCUAACGAUCCAGAACCUCAAGUUUAUCAUUUUCUAGAUUUAGAUAUAGAAGUGUCUUGGCCAAUCCUAUUUUCAGAAAAUGAAGAGUAUCAUGAAAUCACUUUUAAAAUUAUUGAUAAAUAUGAACCUAUUCGUGAAUCAAAAAAGGCACGUGAAAAAUACAUCAGAGGUGGUCCAAAUAUUAUAUUUACAAAAAAAAUAAAACCAGGAUUUUGGAUAGGAAUAGAUGAAAAAUUUCUGGUUAGAGAAGUUAGUAAGCAAUCUGAAGAAGCUAUUAACAAUGCUCUUCAAGGUUCUCAAGCUAUUUGGCUUAUAGGAAUAGAGAGUGAGAAUCAAAGAAUAUUCCAAUUUGUUCUAAAAGAUGAGUCUCUCAAAGUGGUUGACUUAGUAGAACAAGUAUUUGGUGCAAACCAUAUUAGAAGCCAACUUGCCAAUGAAAUCAAUAAAUGGCAUCCAAUAUCUGGAAAAAUAAAUAAUAUUAUAAAACAAGCUUGUAUUGAGCAUAGCAUAGUGGAUGCUAAAAUAUACCCAUUUUAUAAAUCAGAUUCUUGUCAAAAGCAGUUAAAUCAGCAAGAAGAACAAGAAAAUAAGCAUUGGGAAUCGAUCAAAGAUAUUUUAGAUAGUACGGCUCUAUCAAUUUAUGAUCCUAUUAUGCAAUAUCGAAAUUUAUAUCUCAAUGGAGAAGGUGGAUUUGGUAAAAUGAUACAAGCUAUCAAAAUUUUUAAAGACAUAAACAUAGUUGUUUUUACUCAUACAAAUAUAUUGGCCAAAGACUUCCAAAAUGACCGUAAGAAUGGUGUAGAAGAGUGGACUCCUGAAUGUAUGGGAGAAAAAAAAUUCUUGCAAGUUGUUAUAUGGGAUGAAGUAUAUAUAGUACCUAAACACAUUUUAGAAAAGUUUAUCGAUUACUUACUAGAGCAAAAAUAUCAGAUAAUUUGUUGCAGUGAUGAUACUCAGCCUCUACCAUUCUUUGGAGAAAUGCCUCAUAGCUGGUUAAAAAAACAAGCUGAUUACUAUGAGGAAGUCUUGACUGACUAUCAGGCCAAAUGUCCUAAAUUAUGUGAACUCAAAAAGAGAAUAUACCAUAAAAAUAAUUGA